AGCGCCACACAUCCUCCCAGCGACCAACACUUCCUCAUCUUCACUCCAGCAGAAGCCAUCAGCUCAUCACACACUUCUCUCUAAUCAUCUCGCACACAGCCUGCUUAAUUAGUGGCGCCAAUUAGUUCUCUCUGCUCCUGCAAAUCCGCAAUGGCGCGCGAGAAUGCCCGGGUUGCUGCCGCCAAUGGCAUUUGCACGGCGAUCCAGCACGCCGACCCACUUAACUGGGGGAAGGCCGCGGAGGAGCUGACGGGGAGCCACUUGGACGAGGUGAAGAGGAUGGUGGUGGAGUACCGCGAGCCCGUGGUGACGAUCGAGGGCGCCAGCCUGAGCAUCGCCAAGGUCGCCGCGGUCGCCGCGGCCGGCGAGGCCAAGGUGGAGCUCGACGAGUCGGCUCGUGAGCGCGUCAAGGCCAGCAGCGACUGGGUCAUGAACAGCAUGGCCAACGGCGUCGAUAGCUACGGCGUCACCACGGGCUUUGGUGCCACGUCUCACAGGAGGACCAAGGAGGGCGGCGCUCUCCAAAGAGAACUCAUCAGGUUCCUCAAUGCCGGCGCGUUCGGCACCGGGUCUGACGGCCACGUUCUGCCGGCUGGGGCAACACGGGCAGCCAUGCUCGUCCGCAUCAACACUCUCCUCCAAGGAUACUCCGGAAUCCGGUUCGAGAUCCUCGAGGCCAUUGCCAAGCUGCUCAAUGCCAAUGUCACGCCGUGCCUGCCGCUCCGGGGCACGAUCACCGCGUCGGGUGACCUGGUCCCGCUCUCUUACAUUGCGGGCCUCGUCACUGGCCGGGAGAACUCCGUGGCAGUGGCACCCGAUGGCAGGAAGGUGAAUGCUGCGGAAGCGUUCAAGAUAGCCGGCAUCCAUGGCGGCUUCUUCGAGCUGCAGCCGAAGGAAGGUCUUGCCAUGGUGAAUGGCACGGCGGUGGGCUCUGGUCUUGCAUCCACCGUACUCUUCGAGGCAAACAUUCUUGCUGUUCUCGCCGAGGUCAUUUCUGCAGUGUUCUGCGAGGUCAUGAAUGGCAAGCCGGAGUUCACCGACCACCUGACCCACAAGCUCAAGCACCAUCCCGGGCAAAUCGAGGCUGCUGCUAUCAUGGAGCACAUCUUGGAGGGAAGCUCCUAUAUGAAGCUUGCCAAGAAGCAAGGCGAGCUCGACCCACUGAUGAAGCCAAAGCAAGACCGAUAUGCACUCCGCACGUCGCCGCAAUGGCUCGGGCCACAGAUUGAGGUUAUUCGUGCUGCCACCAAGUCAAUUGAGCGCGAGAUCAACUCCGUCAACGACAACCCGCUCAUUGACGUUUCCCGCGGCAAGGCGAUUCAUGGUGGAAACUUCCAAGGCACACCCAUCGGCGUGUCCAUGGACAACACCCGCCUCGCCCUUGCCGCCAUCGGCAAGCUCAUGUUCGCGCAAUUCUCGGAGCUGGUGAACGACUUGUACAACAACGGUCUGCCAUCCAACCUGUCCGGUGGGCGCAACCCGAGCUUGGACUACGGCCUCAAGGGCGCUGAGAUAGCCAUGGCCUCGUACUGCUCCGAGCUGCAAUUCCUGGGCAACCCGGUGACCAACCAUGUCCAAAGCGCCGAGCAGCACAACCAGGACGUCAACUCACUUGGUCUGAUCUCCUCGAGGAAGACCGCCGAGGCCAUUGAAAUCCUCAAGCUCAUGUCCUCGACGUUCUUGGUUGCCCUGUGCCAAGCCAUUGACCUGCGCCACAUCGAGGAGAAUGUCAAGAGCGCCGUCAAGAGUUGUGUCAUGACAGUGGCAAAGAAGACUCUGAGCACCAACUCCACCGGUGAUCUCCACGUCUCUCGCUUCUGCGAGAAAGACAUGCUCCAGGAGAUUGACCGCGAGGCGGUAUUCGCCUACGCCGACGACCCGUGCAACCACAACUACCCACUGAUGAAGAAGCUGCGCGGUGUGCUCGUGGAGAGCGCCCUUGCCAACGGCGUCGCCGAGUACAAUGUGGAGACCUCUGUGUUCGCCAAGGUCGCCCAAUUCGAAGAGGAGCUGCGCGCGGCGCUGCCCAAAGCGGUGGAAGCCGCACGCGCAGCAGUAGAGAGCGGCACGGCUGCCACGCCCAACAGAAUCACCGAGUGCCGCUCAUACCCACUGUACCGGUUCGUGCGCGAGGAGCUGGGAACCGUGUUUCUGACCGGUGAGAAGACACGGUCACCUGGCGAAGAGCUGAACAAGGUUCUCAUGGCCAUCAACCAAGGCAAGCACAUCGACCCUCUGCUCGAAUGCCUCAAGGAGUGGAACGGAGAGCCCCUGCCCAUUUGCUAAACUGAGAACGGACAGGACAAGAUGAGAGGGUACAAAGACAGUGGUCCUCAGAUUUCUGACGACUAGUGAUACGUUUAGACGAGCGAAAUGUUUUUGCUUUUGUUCUUUUCUAUACAUGUUUUGGGUUCUUCUUCUAUGUACAGCUGCAACUGCAAUGCCAUAUUUGCCACGAGCAUGGCCAGUCAGGCAGCUAAAACAAAUUCAAUGGCAAAUUUCGAAGUGUUGUGAAUCACCAAAAAGAAUUUGAGACUGA